AUGGCUAGUGGUGCGUAUGGAAGAACAAUUGAAAAAUCCAUCGAAACUAUUACGAAAAUGUCUCUCGAAUCCAAUUUUGUGAAGGCAGAACCACAAGAAGAUGAAAUCUUUGGUGAAUCUACGACGUUUAAUAGUGACUUAGUGAAAACUGAACCACGGGAUGCUGGAAUGUUUACAACUGACUUCAUUAAUAACUUGACCUCAACGGAUGGCGAUGGUUAUAACAAAAUCAUUGGUGAUCAUAGGCGAAUGAAGAUGGAAGAUGAUAUCGAUAUUUUUUAUGAAGAUAUCAAGUGUGAGGUUGAGAAUGAAGAAAACCUGUCAAACUAUAUACGUGGUAAAGACUUGAACCAAGAUGUGAAGCCACUUUUUUCGGAGCCUGCUAGACAAGGGGCAGAAAUGUUUGGUACCGACUCCUCUACCGACCCAAACUCAAUGAAUGACAACAAAUUCCAUGGUGAUCACGUACAAAUGAAGAGAAAAGAUGAAAUCGACAUUGUUUACGAAGAUCUCAAGUUUGGGGUUGAGAAUGAAAAAACCUCUUACAAUAUUCCAGCUCAGAACUCAACCCAGGACCCACUUCUUUUGGAUCCUGCUACACAAUCGAACCUAAAGAGUCGUCCUGGUGGGGGAUCAUUCAGGUGUGAUAUUUGUUUGAAGUAUUUCGCCAAGUCUCAUAGACUGAAAGUUCACUUACGAAUUCAUACUGGAGAGAAACCAUUCCAUUGUAAUUUCUGUUCAAAGUCAUUUGCUCAUAGUACUACUUUGAAGAACCACGAAAGAAUUCAUACAGGAGACAGACCAUUCCAGUGUAAAAUCUGUUCGCAAUCUUUUACACGAAGUGGUGAUCUGAAAGUCCACGAAAGAAAGCAUACUGGAGAAAAACCAUUCCAAUGUACUAUCUGUUCGCAAUCUUUUAUUCGAAGUGGUGAUUUAAAAGUUCAUGAAAGAAAGCAUACUGGUGAAAAACCGUUUCGGUGUACGAUGUGUCCAAGAUUUUUCACUCAAAGUGGUGAUCUGAAAGUUCAUACAAGAACUCAUACUGGGGAAAAACCUUUUCAAUGCAAACUGUGUCCAAAAUCUUUCAUUCAAAUUUUUGCUUUGAAAGUUCAUGAAAGAACUCAUACCGGUGAAAAGCCGUUUCGGUGUAAGUUUUGUCCAAAAUCUUUCACUCAAGGUUAUUCCUUGAAAAUUCACGAAAGAAGGCAUACUGGAGAUAAACCAUUCAAGUGUAGGAGCUGUUCAAAAUCUUUCAGCCACAGUGGUGAUUUGAAAGUUCAUGAAAGGAUUCAUACCGGAGAAAAACCGUUUCAAUGUACAGUCUGCCCGAAAUCUUUCAGACAUUUUGCUUCUUUAAAAGCUCAUGAAAGAAGUCAUACUGGAGAAAAAUCUUUCCAGUGUGGAGUCUGUUCAAAAUAUUUCAUUCACGGGAGUAGUUUGAAAGUUCAUGAGAGAAGUCAUUCUAGGAAAUAA